CCGUAAUAAACACCUCCAACUACAAUUUGCAACAGUUGCCCUCAGGCCGCCUAGCCAGCCGCUAGAGAUUUGUGCAAAAUCGCGCAAGGAUAUCCUGCGGUUCCAACGGCUUGACAGGCUUCUGUAGAAAAUAUAGCACACGUUGCAGCUUUAAAGGCUUCUGCAAUCGGUCUUUGGUUUUCCUACGAAUUCUGCGCGCUGAAAAGAGAGCAGUAUCAGGCUUUCUGUGUAGCCAGCUUCCCAGUGAAGUCAAACCAUGGCAUUUGGUAGCUUAAGCUGCGAGGGAGCUUCGAUUUCUGGCGUAGAAGCGACUAACUCGUCUAGCUUUCAGCUGGGCAAUGGAGAAGUACCGACCAUCAGCGGACAGGCUUUUACAAAACCAAGCUGCAGGCGAUCGUUAUCACGGGCGUUAUUGGACGCCGCUCUGUCUAAACAUAACGAUGCGAAUGAUGACGAUGAAAAAGGUCAUAGCAUCUGGGAAGAUUUCCAAGAGCACUCCCCCGGCGUAAUUAUGCUGCCUGGAGCUUGGGCCAUGGGCGAUGGUCUCGUCCUGGAAACGGAUGUUCCUGUCGCACGCCACAACCGCUCCUCUUCUGUAGCCUCGUAUGCGGAGUCAACCCAGAGCUUCAGCGAAAGUGUUUUCCGCAUGGCGGGAAGCUUCACUGCUGGCAUGAGCUCUUACAUUGCCGACCUGGCUAGCGCCUGGGCGUCCACCUCCCCAUCCGAGGGCCUCACGGAGGACGAGAACGACGAUGACAAUGACAGUUCCUGGGAAAAUGUCGGUGCGGACUUUGCCAGCGGCAGCCUGGCCGUCACGCCCAGACUCAACAGCUUCACCCAGCGGAGGCCGAGCAGCUGCCCCCAGCCCCAAGCCAAGGCCUACCCUCGGUUAGCCAAGGGCCCUGCCUCCUCGCAUAAGAAGCGCGACUGAGUUGGCUUCUGCGGCAGCAACCGACUGAGGCAGCAAUCCGUGGGGCGCCAUCGUGGUCCCAUGGGUCGCCAUCGUACAUCGUUUUUGCCACAUGUUUAUUACAUGUUCGUGUUACUUGGCCUUCCAUGGAAGGCUGCGCAUCUGCGGAAUUGUGAAGGCACCGCUACUCGCCUUCAAGACUACAGCCCGCGUGCCGUAUCGUAAAAUUCAAGGCGGGUUUGGAUUAGUGUUUUCUUUGUAUUAUGGUCUUUAGAGCUGUGAUUAAUCCACGCAUCAGCAGCUGUUCCCCUGUUCCCAUAUCGCCCAUGUGCGGUUUUGGAGGGGUUCUGGCAAGCUUUGGGGCUGCCUAAGGGUCGGAUGAGGGAAUAAUGCGGAGAGAAUGGAAGGGUGUAGCGGAUGCGACCCAUGAGUGCUCUUUUGCAAACUUGGUGGUUGGUUCCCUCGUUCUUCGUGCUUGUAUGGGCGACAUGGGCGCCUCUUCACGGGGUUGCUAAUGUACGCUUGUAUGGAUUGGGUUCUGGUUUAGGCAGGCUUGUUAGGGCCGGGGUCAUUCAAUAGGGUAUUCAUCGAACCUAAUCUGGUGUACUCAAAGCGGGUGUAGUUCUCAAUUGAAAGCAUUGCCUAUUGCUAUUCAUUAUCCUCUCCAUGGCAGCUCAAUGAAUGUCGUACGCUUUCCGUGUACUGGCGGGUUGGUGUCAUGAGGUGUCGUAUAAUAAUGGGUUUGCAAGAUGCUGAUUCAUCAAACCUGAGGUCAUGUCGCCCUACCUUUUCCGGCAUCACAGGGUAUGUAGUUUAUUUGGAUUCUGCUAUCUUUUUAGCAUAGCAGAUUGUACGACAUGCCUUUCGUCAUUUGGGUUGUUCCGAUUGCUGCAAAGUACGCUAAGUGACGCCCAACGGCAAUGUGGGUUGUAUGUGAGGCGAAGCACAGCAGCGGCAAUGAAUAAGAAAGUUUCUUACUGCAGUUGAGCGGUGUUGGUAGUGCCUAAUUGGGAUUUCGCCCUGUUCGUGAAAUGAAUACGGCAGGUUUAAUACGGCAGGUGGCGCAGGUGCUUGUAUGCUUUUGCAUUUGCAAGGAUUAUGUACGAUGCUUGACGCCUUGUGAUCGUCGGUAUACAAAGACUUAUAACAUCCGGAGGAACGUUUACACUCUGACAACGUGACAAGGAUGUCGUUGCUUUCCCUGUCUUCCGCUUCAACAAUAAACAGUAAUAACUGUAUCCAGUUGUAACGUUCAUUCAUCCAA